UUAUCUUAAAUGUCUCAUAAACAAACCUUUCACGUUUUCAUUAUUCUCUUAUAUAUUCCUCCACUACUUUACUUUCUCUACAGCAUCACAACAAUGCUUCCUCAACAUUUUCUCACUUUGUUCUUCUUCCUUCUCCUCUCUUGCAACACUCUCACUUCAACAUCAUUACAAUCAUUAGAAAAACAAGAAACUUUUGAUUUUGUUCGUCCAAUAGACCGCAAAUUGUUAAGCCUAAACAAGAAAGAAAAACUAAGUCAUUUCAGAUUCUAUUGGCAUGAUAUCUUGAGUGGGAAAAAUCCCACUGCAAUUACAAUUGUUCCACCACCAUUGAAGCUAAACACAACCACUUAUUUUGGUUCAGUCAACAUGUUUGAUGACCCUUUGACUAUAGGACCACAAUUGAGUUCUAAGCUUGUUGGAAAAGCUCAAGGUUUCUAUGCAUCUGCAUCACAAGAUGAUUUUGGUUUUCUCAUGGCUAUGAACUUUGCUUUCAUUGAAGGAAAGUAUAAUGGUAGUACAAUUACUAUCUUGGGGAGGAAUUCUGGUAUUAAUAAGGCUAGAGAGAUGCCUAUUAUUGGUGGUAGUGGACUUUUCAGAUUUGCUAGAGGAUAUGCUAAAGCUACUACUCAUUGGUUUGAUCUCAAAACUGGAGAUGCUAUUGUUGAGUACAAUGUUUAUGUUUUUCACUAUUGAUUUUUAGUUGUUGUUGUUCAUUUUAUUAGUCAUAUUAGGGUCAUGUGUUAGCUUUUACUAUGUCUAUGGUUCAUUGGUGUUAGAUCGUGCGAUUUUUGUUGUUGGAUAGAGAUCAAAUGACUCGAAUUAUAAUUCGGCAAAUUAAAAAAUCAUAAUUUCAAUUGUUUGAUAUUCGUCAUCUAUUGAAAUUAUUUACUAUGCGACUAUAAA